AUGGCUCCUCAAACGAAGUUGAACACGGCCUGGAACUCCCAGGAUACUCGAAUCUUCUAUGCAAAGAAGUACCGACAAGUCCUCUCUUCCGCUCCCGCUUGCGCUUUGGCUGUUAUAGCAGGAGCACCUUUGGAAAACCUCAAAGUCCGAAUGCAAUCGCGCAACUUCCCAAAUGCAUUUCAGGCUCUCCAAUACACCUACCGCACCGAAGGUAUUCGCGGUUUCUGGGCUGGAACAUUGACACCCCUGGUCUCUAUCACGGUCUCACGAGCUCUUGGAUUCUCGAUCUAUCGCAAGGCCAAAUACACCUUUGACAGCUGGAUCGAGUCGACGACUGGCCAGUCUCCCCUGCAACAUGUCAACAAGCCUGGAACAUAUCCCAACCUAGCCACCGUGAUCUGCUUUACUGGAGCAGGCAUGGUCUCGGGCGGGAUUGUUGCCGUUGCGCUAACUCCUGUUGAACUGAUCAAGAAUGCGACUCAAACCUCCGUCCUCAUGGCCUCGAAAGGCGAUACUGCCGGUCUCGCUACGGUUGGCGUCAAAAAUGCUGCCAGGGUCAGCUCAUGGGUUUCCAUGAAGCGUGUCAUUGCACGGCAAGGAGUCUUGGGUUUGUGGACUGGUUUUCAUCUCCAUCUGCUGCGCGACGUCAUCGGAAGUGGCAUCUACUUUGGUGUUUACGAAACUACGAAACAGACGUUGAAUUCCUACUACGGUGCUGAGAAGGCGAAUUCGGCGGGUGCAAUUGCCAUGGCUGGUGCGAUUUGCGGCGUUGGUGCUUGGGUUGUGACUUAUCCGCUUGACACUAUGAAGACUCGUGCUCAAAACAACCUUGUCGGCGCAGAUCGCGCUGCCUCUGCCGCUUCCUCGGCCAAGUCGGCGGCCUUGUCGUCGGCUUUAAACACCGCCGCCAAGGCCGCCGCCCGAUCGUCGAAGUGGAAGGGGGUCGAGAUGAUAAUCCUGCGUUCCUCGAUCCAAAACAUGAUUCAGAUGUCGUUCUUCGAGCAGGCCAAAGUGGUCAUUGACAAUUUGACCUUCUCCGACGGCAGCCGCACGCUGCCAGAGGUGGAGCGCCACUUUGGCCGGGACCGAAAGCUGAAGAACGACCGGUUGUGA